AAUAAUCUUCACAUCCACUCUUAUUCUCUUAAUUAAGCUCUUAUAGUACUUAGCCACUACAAGAAUAAUUUAAUUAAGAUGGCUUCCAAAACUUGUUCCACUCUUGCUAUUUUCCUCACAAUCAACCUCCUAUUUUUUUCACUUGUUUCAGCUUGCGGUUACCAAUGCAACCCUACACCAAACCCAAGCCCAAAACCAAAGCCAAAUCCAAAUCCUAACCCAACCCCUUCAAGUGGAUCAUGCCCACGUGAUGCACUCAAACUUGGUGUAUGUGCCAAUGUCCUAAAUGGAUUGUUGAAUAUAACAUUAGGUCACCCACCAGUGACCCCUUGUUGUUCCCUUCUAAAUGGCCUUGUUGAUCUUGAAGCUGCAGCAUGUCUUUGCACUGCCCUUAAAGCUAACAUUUUGGGCAUUAAUCUUAAUCUUCCAAUUUCACUUAGCUUGCUUCUCAAUGUUUGUUCAAGGAAAGUCCCACGUGAUUUCCAAUGUGCCUAUUAAGUGUGAUAUGUCGUAUACAUAUACACAAUAAAUAUCAAUGUAUCAUUGUGUUAUUAUUUGUGGGUUUUUGUUUGUUUUCUUAAUUCCUUUUGAUGAGUGUUUGAUUCUUGUACGUGCAUGGAUGAUUAUUAACGGCUUGUUAUAGUCUUUCCAUUCACUAUUUGAUUUGUAUUGUCAAGAAUAUUACAAUAAAUAAAUUCCAUUGUUUUGUUGUAUGUAAUGAAAUUGCAAAGAAAUUAAAGAUUGUGAGAUGGUGUAAUUUA